AUGUCGACUGCUCCGAGAACUGUCAACGCAUACGCCGCCUUUGACAGGACCGGCGAGUGCAAACUCUGGCAGUACCAGAGCCGCCCACUUGGUGACGAGGACGUCGAGAUCAAGAUUUCUCACUGCGGCAUCUGCGGCUCUGAUCUUCAUACUAUUGAUGGUGGCUGGGGACCUGCCCCGUACCCGUGCGUCGUUGGUCACGAAAUCAUUGGUGAAGUGACUCUGGCUGGCCCGAAUGUGAAGAAUCUAGCAGUGGGCGACCGUGUCGGCGUGGGUGCCCAAGUGUGGGCUUGUUUGAACCGCGAUUCCAAUGACAAGUGCCGGGACUGCGGAGAUGGUGAGGAUGCUGCGUGUGAUCAGGGUGUCUGGACUUACAACGCCACUUAUAAGGACGGCGCCAAGUCCUACGGCGGGUACGCCGACUACGUGCGUGUCGACAGCAACUACGCUUUCAAGAUCCCCGAGGUUAUUCCUUCCGAUGUGGCUGCACCUCUGCUCUGUGCUGGUGCUACCGUUUUCACGCCUCUGAAGCAGGAGGGUGUGAAGGCGGGCGACCGUGUCGGCGUCGUUGGCAUCGGUGGCCUUGGUCACAUCGCCAUUCAGUUCAUUCGUGCACUGGGGGCCGCUCCUGUUGCCUUUUCGCGUUCUGCAAACAAGGAGAAGGAAAUUUUGUCGAUGGGUGCCGAGGAGUUCUACAACCUCAGCGACACCGAGCAGCAGAAGAAGGCGGCUGGAAGUGUUGAUUUCCUGCUGCUAACCGCUGAUGCCAACAAUAUGCCGUACGAUCUGUACCUGAGCCUGGUUCGCAAACGUGGCACACUCAUCAUGGUUGGUGUUCCAAAUGACCAGAUAAAGAUUUCACCAUUUUCCUUGAUUCCUCGUGCUGUGCGUGUGCGAGGCAGUGCAAUCGGUAGUAUCAGGGACAUCGAGGGCAUGCUGGAGCUCGCGGCGAAGAAGAACGUACGCCCUAUCAUCCAGAAGCUGCCGAUGGCCAAGGUGAACGAAGGGCUGGACAUGGUUCGUGAAGGCCGCGUGCGCUACCGCGUCGUUCUGGAGAACUAA